GUAGGGUGUAUGAUGAACUAAACUGUUUUCCUGCAACGGAAGAUGGUAAUUAUUUUGAUGCCAAAUCCUCCCAACUGCACUGUUACCAAAUAGUGGAUCCGUUUUAUGUUGGGAUUGAGGUAUGUUAAGUGAAGGCUUCAUCUGUGCAUUUCCUUACUGGAAUGAAAUUGAAAAUGAAAACAAGAUGGGACAGAACAAGCAGAAGCGACAAAAACCUUCAGAGGAUAACAUGGUUCAAGAGUUGACUUCUGUCAGUAAUUUUCGGAAUUCGUCUCAGGCUGAUGUUCCUAAUGGGGCUCUGUCACUUCUUCAAAAGUGCAAGUCUAUUUGCAGACCUUUCAGAUUGAGUGCAAAGGAAAAAAUAACAACGCCAUUGGUACAGCCCUCCCACGCCACAUCAAUCACAAGGCAAAAGUCCCUUGUUGUUGAUAUUCCAGGAAGCUCCAGUAUGAAUAAGGAAACCUAUUUGGUUCCCUCGUGUUGUAAAAGCAUCUGUGAUAAUUACAAUGACCUGCAGAUUGCAGGAGAUCAAGUGCUGCCAAUUAGUUUGGAACCAUCUGGCCUGACACUUGAGGGAAGCUACAAUGCAAAUAUCGUCCCGUUCUUGUAUUCAUCAGAGAUUACACUGCCAAUGGAGUCCCCCAAACUAUCAGCAGAGUUCCCAAACAAGCCAGCCAACAGCGAUACAUCCUGCUGGCGAGUUUGCAGUGCCAGAGACAAAAGCAUCAUUCAGCAUUCUCAGCCACUUACCAAUUCAGAACUCAAUGACUAUCUUGAGCAGAAAGUUCUGGAACUGUACAAGCAAUAUAUGAUGGACAGCAUGGUGAGCAAUGCAUCCCCAACAAAAAUCAUGGAAUCAGAACUCGUCAUGAAUAAUGUCGAUCAGAUUAGCAUGAUACUUUCACGAGAACAGAAUAUGGAAACUACAAAGGCGAAGGACAUGGUUAUCAGUUGCCUGUUACGUGUUGCGAGUGAGAUACAAUCGAAUGAACUCAGUACACCAAAUUUACAGAUAUCUGCUUGAAAGAGAAAACGGUUUUUUAAAAGGUUAUCUGCAUUUUAAGUAUAACUUAUUAAAAAUUAGUUAAUUUUGACUAGUUUUGCCACAUCCAUGAUUUCACAGGCAGCAGAAUAGGACAGAGAAAGCAUUGAGACAGUGAGUCAUAGAAUCAUAGAAAAUAGGAGCAGGAAUAGAUCAUUUAGCCUUUUUAGCCUCCUCCACCAUUCACUAUGAUCAUGAAUGAUCACCCAACUCAGUCCCCUGUUUCUGUUUUCUCCACAUAGCCUAUGAUCCCUUUAGCCUUGUCUAACACCUUCCUAAAAAUAUUCAAUGCUGUGGCCUCAACUUUCUUUGGCAGAGAAUUACAGAAGUUCACCACUCUCUGUGUGAAGAAGUUUCUCCUCAUCUCAGUCAUAAAUGGCCCACAACAUAUCCUUCAACAGUGGUAAUGGGAACUGCAGAUGCUGGAAAAUCCAAGAUAAUGAAAAUCGUUUUGUGUUAAUAGUUCAAAUGUUGUCAAAUAUUUUAUGUUAAACAACAAUUUAAGUCUUAUUGUAGCCUUGUUAAAUCGUGUAGUCAGCAUAAUACUCUACUUUGGACUGGAUGGUUAACUACUAAAGCAUUUUUGGAUUGUUUUAUUUCUAUUCAAGCUUUAAAAUUAAGCCAUUGAUUUAUUCUUAUCUUUAUAUAUUAAGUCCUACAUUUCUGUUUUGAUUUUAACAGAGCUAGUAUUAUUUGAUAUUAGUUUUAUUGUUUUGUUACUGCAAAAACAUUUUCCAUUUCAGUACUUCUGCUGAAAUAUUUUCUUUAACUGCAUGUUCCGGGAAGCAAGUUUUAAAUUACUGUUUGUGAGGAAUGGUUAAUGCAAUUCACCUUUCAGACCUGGAUUUCAAACAUUAACUUCAUUUUGAACAUGUGACAGCUAUGAUGUUGGGGCAAGCCAAAGAAGCUUUAGCUGUUGCUCAAGUUCUUCAACUGCAUACCUUCACACUCAUCUAUUUUUCCCGCUAAGUUUCAGUUAGAUUGCCACAAUACAUUUUUUUUUACUUGGAGCUUCAUUUCCUGGCCUGAACUUCCAUUACAGGCCUUUUUAGAAUUUCAGAGCCUACCUUCUCAGGAAGGCUUACAGCACAGCACAUGAUCACUGCUGGAACCUAAUUCACACCCCUUUUUUGAAACUGUAUCUGCCUUAUUGUGAAUCUAAAUGUCCAAAGUCUCUAUGUCAAUGAGAAAGGCUAAGAGGUGACCUUAUAGAUGUUUAUAAAUCAGGGAAUGUGGAUAGAGAGAAUAACAAGGUCUUGUCCGAGGGUGGGGGAAGUCCAAAACUAGAGGGCAUCGGGUUAAGUCAACAGGGGGAAGAUUUUAAAAUGUCUUGAGGAGUAACGUUUUCAUGCAGUGAUGUGUGAAUGGACUGAGCUGCCAGAGGAGUGGUGGUGGCAGGUAUGAUUAAAACACUGGGAAGGGUAAAUUAAUAGGAAAUGGGGAAAGCGAUGUGGGCCAAAUGCUAGCAAAUGGCAUUAUGUGAGAUUGGGAUGUCUGGUCAGCCAGGACAAGUUAGACGAAGGGUCUGUUUCCAUGCUGUAUGAUUCUAUGAUUCUGAGUUCGAAAGAAAAGUCAAUCUGAUUUCUCUCCACAGAUGCUUUGAGACCUGCUGAGCUUUUCCAGCAAUUUCUGAAUUUGAUUUUGAUUUCCAGCAUCUGCUGUUCUUUCAGAUUUUAUUGAGAAAGAAAAUGUGUUAGGUAUGUAGGUGAUGGAAAAGAGUGGCAAAUGGUUGGGAGAGGAGAUAGGGAGUAAAAGUGUGGCUGAGAGGAAGGAAGCCAGGUGGGUCAGUGAGUGGCACGAAAGUAAAACAAUGAACCAUGGACGCUGAAGAUCUGAAAAAAGAAACAGAAGUUACUAGAGAAACUCAGCUACAUCUGCAGAGGGAAAGCAAAGUGAUAAUGAAGAUGGGUUACAGGACUCAAUAGUUUAACUCUUCUUUCUCUCCACAGAUGCUACCAGACCUGCUGAGCUUCUCCAACAAUUUUGGUUUAGGGUCAAUGAGGGGGCGGGUGGCAAGCAAGUGGCUGAGAGGGUAGGUUGCAUGUCCAGGAGAAUAGCUUUGGCCAUGUGUGGAGGUUUGGUAGGGCAGUUAAUGUAGAGUGUAAUAGUAUAAUUAAUCAGAAGUUACAGCAGGUUUAAAGCCAUCUCACCCUUCUUGGGCAAGUAUUGAUAACAUGUCAAAACUGUCUAAAGUCACCAAAUCUAACUGGGAGUUGGAACAUUUUCAGAGCAUUCUAGAUGUAGGACAAUUGCUUACCGGAAGUUUAAACUUCUUGGGCAAAUAUCUCACAGUUAGUUCAUGGGGACGUUUGUGGGGUCUUGUGGCAUAUCUGUCAGGCAAUAUCCAAUUUCCUAUUACCUGGAAACCAGAAGAUCUGGAUCAAUGUUUCAAAUUGUUUUGGGAGACUUGUUUCCUGGUCUCACAGUCACUUUAAUUCCAGUUGAAAUAAAGUCUUCGUAUUAUUUUCAAGGUCAAUGGAAAAUAAACACUGGUUCAGUGAGAUUUUAGCUGGCAAUUCACUAUGAGUCUGUUUACCUCUUCUGGCAUAAACAAACCUGUUACAUUUUUAAAAAAGUGUUUUUAAGCAUGUGAAAAGAAUGAUGUUUCCCCUAUCUGUCAGCUUGCACAUCACACGAAAGAAACACUGUGGUUCAUCCAGCCAUAUAUUGUCUGCAUAGUUCUAGACAGUAUCUGCUUAAAAUAGAGAAGGUAUAUUCCUUUUUUAUUAUGUUAGCUUCCUUCUUGUCAAUGUUACUAAGAUAUUAAUAAUGAAAAUUGAACUUCUAUUUCUUGCUGAUAGAUUCCCAUUCUGUGAGUUUUGACCCUUAUCUGUCCUUAUAACAGAUGUUAUGUAUGUGUUUAGAGUUUAUACAAUAGAGACACAUUACAUGGUGUGAGAAUAAAUGUGUGCAAUUAGUUUCAAGUCAAAAUUACAAUACAGUAUAAUGAAGGCACAGAGUCAGAAGGCUUUCAGAAUACAUUCUUUAAGAAUGAGGUAAGAGGAUUGCAUGACUGUUACUGAUUUAUUGUGCAAGUGGUUUAGUUUAUGUUACUGUUAGAAACUUACAAGUAGCAGAUUAUUCUGUGCCACAUGGUUGAAGAUUUGUUUUCUUAAUAUCACUAUGAAAUCUAUUCUAACUGAUGGAAAACCAAAUCUUUGCUACAAAGAAGUCCUGAAUGGAAGAAAGGUAACAAAGCAAGAAUGGUCGGAGGGCAUCCAUGGUCAGCAUAAGAUUACUCACUUAAUCUACUCUGUCUGAUACAAAUGACCAUACUUAUUUCAAGAUUUAUAUAUAAAAAAAAGGAAGUCAACUGUACUUAAAGUGUAAAAAUAACCCAUACUUUGUACAAAUAAGAAAAUGAAAUCACUAUUGUCUUCAUUACUGGAGAACAUCAUGAUCCAAAAUUGUGUUCAGAAUUUGUAAGGAUUUUUAAAAAUAUUUAAAUUUUACCCACUUUAAAGGUACUUUAUGAGAG